GAAUCUAAAUCCACAGUCCAGUGAGAGGACGGGCUCUCCUCUGCCUGCCACUCAGACAAAAAAAAAAUUUUUUUAAAUAUCAUUGUUUUUCGCAGCUUCUAGUUUUUACAGAUUAUUUAGUUUUAGUUGACUAUCAUGGGAAGUGAUAUGAAGUUGGAAGAUGCAUUGCAGCAAUUGAAAAACGUUGCAAAACAAAUCAGUAGAUCGCAAUUGGUCAAACCAGAAUCACUUAAACAACUUGACGAUUUAUACCAUGCCGUCAAGGGAGAGGAGUUUAAAACUAUGCUUGGGGAUGCUUUGGCAAAAUAUCACGUCGGCGUGGUAUUCAAGAAAUCAAUGACAACUUUGGAUAAAGCUUCUGACGAUAUAAACUUGCUACUGCGCGUAUGUUGGAACUACUCUCAUGCAAGUCGAAACAUUGGUGAAGAACUCGGCCGAGUUGGAAUGAUUGCUGUUCUGACGUCUUCUUUAAGAGAAGAUAUUACAAGUCAAGAACUUAAGUCAGAAAGUAUUGUCAGUCGUUUAGCAAUUUUGUACAACUGUGCAACCACCGGGAAUAAAAAGUUAUUCCGAAGCUCAAAAUCUACUGAAACUCUAUUGUUCUAUUCGAAACAAGAAAGCCCAAUGAUCAACAUGAUUGCAAUUUUGACUCUAUCUUAUAUCGUUGACGAAGAGAAUGCAGCUCUUAUUUCGGCAGAUGCUUCUAUAAUUGACAUGAUAACAUCGCAAUUAGAAAAAGCAGUAGCAAGCACAAAUCAUAAAGUAGAUGGAUGGACUGCGUAUGAAUUAACUGUUGGACUGAAAAACUUGGCAAAUAAUGCUGAUAAUACCAAAAUUAUAAUGAAGAAGGACUUAUUGCCACCUCUUCUUCAGAUGUUUGUGAAAGGAAAUGAGGAUGAACAGGAAAUAGCUGGUGAAACUAUUUGGAUGUUGUCAUUUCAAGAUGAAGUCAAACAAAAAAUCUUGAAAGAUGAAAGCGCAAUGAAUUUUUUAAAGGAAGUUAGCAAAGAAGAAGGAUCCGUCGCAGAAACUGCGCUCGGAAUUCUCUGGGUGCUCGGGGAAAAGAAACUUCCCGUCGAGAAAAAACGAGAAAUGAAAAAACACAUUAUGAUUAGUUACCAGUGGAGCAGUCAAACCCUAAUGAAUCAGGUAUAUGAAGAACUAACAAAACACGGUUACAAUGUUUGGAUGGAUAUUCAUGAUUUGAAUGGAUCGAUCUUAGAGGCUAUGGCAGAGGCGGUAGAAAAUGCAGCAAUCGUUUUGGUAUGCAUGACACAGAAGUACAAAGACAGUCCAAACUGCAGAACAGAGGCUGAAUAUGCUUUCAACCUACGAAAAGAAAUAAUUCCGAUAAAAGCGGAACAAGAUUAUAAAGCCGAUGGUUGGCUCGGAGCCUUGACUGGUACAAAGUUAUAUAUAGACUUCAGUAGUUUGGAUUCAUUUGAAGGAGAAACGUUUGAUGGAAAGGUAGAUGCAUUAGUCAAGGAAAUAGAAGGCACUGACAUAUUUUCGAGUAAAAAUGAGAAUACUACAGACAACAACACAAGUAAUGGCACAUUAUCUCCUGACAAAAACAAAAAUCAAAAUGAUAAAUCAACGACAGAACAAGAUGGAGAUGAAGCGGUUACUGCGUGGAUGAAUGAAUAUGACAUUGAUUCAUACUGCUUCGAUCAACUCACUGCCAAGGAGAUGCGAUUCCUCAGUGAUAUCAAGUAUCAAUGUCCAGAAAUAUUCUAUCAAUUCCUGGCGGGAGAUAUUGGUGUGAGAAAACUUCGAGAGAUAAUUAAAAUAUCCAGUGCAGUCGAUCAUUUUGAGGCAUAAAUUGAAUCUUACCAAAUUUCCCUCUCUUCCUCCCUUCCACUCACCUUCUGCGGAAAUACACACCAAAAUGGCUGGUGUAAAACUCUCAAGCUAAAUAGAUCGCCAUGUAUAUUUAAUAUAGUAUAAAGAGCAUAUUGUGUUUAGAUUCAAUCAUCAUAAAAGUAUAUACUAAGAAUAUAAUCACAAAUAUCGAAAUUUCUGUCAAUUUUGUUUUCACACUAUUUUCUGCAGUGAGCUAUUGAAAUGUGGCAUUCAUCGCAUAGAAGUUUUAUUUCGAUGAAUCUUUGAAGCAUGUUUAUUCUGGAUCUCAUUCAGUUAUAUAUAUAUACAGGAAUACAAAACCAUAUGUUACCAUGA